AUGGCGGAAGCAAGCCCCGACACAACAGCACCGGCCCCCCCCGAAAACGGACCCAGCAAGGCCACACCAUCUCGCGAUGAAUCUAUCUCAGAUUAUGCGGAGCAGUCUGACCUUCCCACCUACACUAGCUAUCAGUGCGCGCACACCCUGACAGGUCACACGAGAGCUGUCUCCAGCGUCCGGUUUAGCCACUCUGGCGCCUCCCUCGCCAGCGCCAGCGCCGACGGCACCGCGCGAGUCUGGGACGCCGACACAGGCUCCUGUUUGCACGUGUUGCAAGGUCACUCCAAGGGUCUGAACGACGUGGCGUGGGCCCCCAGCGACGCCCACCUGGCCACCGCCUCCGACGACUACACCUUGAGGCUCUGGAAUGCAGGAACGGGGGCGCCGCUGCGCACGCUGCGAGGCCACACCCACUUUGCCAUGUGCGUGGCCUUCAGCGCGACGGGGGUGCUCCUGGUCAGCGGCAGCUUCGACGAGACCAUCGUCGUGUGGGACGUCGCCACGGGGCAGGCCAUCCGCGUGAUCCCGGGGCAUUCGGACCCCAUCACCAGCGUCGCCUUCUCGCGGGACGUGCUCAACCCAGCCAUCGUGUCGUCCUCCUUUGACGGCCUCAUACGAGUCUGGGCCGGCGACACCGGAAACUGCCUGGUAAGCCUCCUCGCCACAGGAGGCCCACCCGUCUCGUUCGCUGCCUUCACCCCGAACGACAAGUAUGUGCUGGCGGGCCGCGUGGAUGGCAAGAUAGUGCUCUGGAACUACCACACCAAGCAGCCGCUGCGGACCUUUGAGGGUCACAAGAACACAAAGUUCUGCCUCCAGGCCGCCUUCCUCUGCCUGGGCGUCGAGGAAACUGGCUCCUCCGCUCCGCCCGCGGCGGUGAUCUGUGGGAGCGAGGACCACCACAUCUACGUCUGGGGCGUGAACGGGUCCCAGGGCGGCGUGGCACCGCUCCUGGGCCUCCUGCGGGGGCGGGCCGGCCCCGAUGACCCCGGCGAGGGCCACUGCGACGUGGUGCUCUCCGUGGCCGCCCACCCCCACCUCCCCGUCCUGGCUUCCUGCGGGCACGAGCGGGACAAGACCGUGAAGAUCUGGAGGCACGUAUCCCUGCCCUGA